UUUCCUUCUUUCAGCAGCCAGUACAGUUCUAAAGUUAUAUGCAGCAACUUCUGAUAGCCUCUUAAACAGUGAAGUUACAGACCUUUUUCCAGCCAUCACCAUUAAUUGUUUAAUUGAUUUUACAUUCAAAAAUGGAGUACAAAUGGUCUGUCCUCUUUACAAUAUUGGCUUUUAUAUUAGUGCUUGUGAAUUGUAUCGAGUACUCUUCGUUGAAUGAGCCAUACAACAUUGGAGGUUCGCUUCUGAAGCCCUGUCCUUUGUGCAACACGAAUCGAAAGCCAGGGCCAGGUUCACCGGGAACCCAGUCGUGCUGUGAUUCAUCCCAAGGCGUAAAAUUAGUGGUACAGGGUGCAAAAAGAGGAGCACUUGAUCCAAACAAACCAGGAAGUUGCUGUCACGGUGCCGUUCGGGACUACUUGAAGACCGAUCAGUUUGAGAACAUGUUCUCAAAGCGUAACUCGCUUGAGGUUGAGGCCCAUGCAAAGGGAUUUUGGGACUACCAGUCUUUCAUCACUGCUUCUGCUCACUACCAACCCUAUGGCUUUGGUACUACCUACAUGAACCGGACGUUCUUUGGGACCAAGGAGGUUGCAGCUUUUCUCGCCCAUGUUGCCACCAAAACCUCCUGUGAAAAUAAAGUGGCCACCAAUAUGGAAAAAUUAGAACGGGGUUUAUGCUAUAACAAGGAAAAGAAUUCCAACCCAAAUUACUGUGAUGAGCGCUACAAAAAGUCUUAUCCAUGUGCUCCUGGAGUUGCAUAUUAUGGUCGGGGUGCUCUACCUAUCUAUUGGAACUACAAUUAUGGAGAAGCAGGUAAAGAUUUGAAGGUGGAUUUGUUGAACCAUCCAGAAUACAUUGAGCAAAAUUCCACGUUAGCCUUCCAGGUUGCAAUUUGGAGGUGGAUGAUGCCAAUUAAGAAGCAUCAGCCUUCAGCACAUGAUGUGUUUAUUGGUUACUGGACACCCACUAAGAAUGACACUUUGGCCAAGAGAGUUUCUGGUUUUGGAGCUACCAUGAAUGUGCUCUAUGGAGAUCUUGUUUGUGGUAAAGGUGAUAAUGAGUUCAUGAACAACAUCAUCUCCCAUUACCUAUAUUACCUUGAUCUUAUGGAUGUUGGCCGAGAAGCAGUUGGGCCUCAUGAUGUGCUUAGUUGUGCGAAGCAAGUUGUUUUCAAUCCAUCCUAUUCCUCAUCUCCUUGAGCUUUGUUUGGUAUUAAUAGUAUGUCCCUUGUUGAACUAAUCCUUUUGUAAUAUCAUUAAUAAAAAAAAAGAGUUUGUUCAAACAUGAAGGGAGUAAGAGUUUGUUUAAACUAUUUGUAGUGAUUGGCUUUUGCUAGUACUGUUUUGGAAGUCUUUCUAUUUCAAUUUUCUAAGUUGUAGAAUUUUUUGGUGUAGAUUGUAUAUGAGCCUUUCUAUAAUUGUAUAAUAUGUAUUUUAGUUGUGAAAUCUUGAAAUAUAUUCCAUUUUACUGUUCUUUUGUUUUAU